AUGAGGGUGCGAUUGACGCCGUUGCGCCUCGUGUGCGUCGCCAUAACCCUCGUGACCUUCCUCUUCACCUCCCUUGUCUUCCGGCUAUGGCGGGGCGAGCGCGGCUACGACAUACUGCAGGAGCGGCCCCCUCCCGCUGGGCCCGCGCCCGUCGCUCCGGUGCACUUUGGUGAGGAGUGCUCGCCCUUCACCGCCGGCGUCAUGGAGCGCGUCACCAUUGUGCUGAAGAUUGGCGCCGGGGAAGUCGCGACCCAGCUGCCGCUGUAUCUCAACCGAUUGGGAAGGUGCAAGCAGGACCUGCUCAUCUUCUCGGACCGCAAGGACUCGCUCAACGGCUUCGAGAUUGCCGACGCCCUCGCCCACCUGCGCCCGGAGUACAAGUUCAACAACCCCGACUUUGACGUAUACGACCGCAUACAGGCCACGAACAGCACCCAGGACAAGACGGAGGAGGGGUGGCGGCUGGACAAGUACAAGUUCCUGCCCAUGAUGGAGUGGACGUCAUACAUGCGGCCCGAGUCGGAGUGGUAUGUCUUCCUGGAACUCGACACCUACGUCAACUACGACAACCUCUACCGCUUCCUCUCCAAUUUCAACCCCAAGACGGCCCACUAUUUCGGAUCCCCCGUUUGGCCCAAGAAGAAGACCACCUUCGCACAUGGUGGGACUGGCUUCGUGCUAUCGCGCGCGGCGCUGGACAAGAUCAUGGCGCUGGGCAGGAUGUUUGGCGAGAACAAGCACUUCCCCGGGACACACUUCUUCGGCGUCGACGUCAAGAAGCAAUGCUGCGGGGACGAGAUGCUAGCGCAGGUGCUGAAGAAGAGCGGAGUCUCCCUCCGCGGAUACUGGCCCAUGUUCAACGGCGAGAAGCCCUUCAGCAUGCGCUUUGACAACGAGCAGUGGUGCGAAGCCAUCAUGACGAUGCACCACCUCGGCGAAGACGACUUUACACGACUCUCCCAAUGGGAACAAGCGCGAUCGCAUCCCGAACGGCCGCUCAUGUUCGAAGAGCUCUUCACGAUGAUCGAGCCACACUUGCAGGAGAGGGCCGAAGACUGGUCCAACAUGUCCGAAGACGUCACAUACCGAAAAGGCAAGACAGCCUCCAAGUCCUUCGACAAAUGCCAACGGGCCUGCGCGAAAGACGGCCGCUGUCUCCAGUUCGAACACGACGGCAUCGAAUGCCGCCUCGGAUACUCCAUCCGAUUAGGCCACCACCAGAGCCGCGAGGGUGAGCGCUCAUGGGUGUCUGGGUGGAUGCUAGGCAGGAUAAAAGCUUUCAAGCAGGCUCGCUCGCCUUGCCAGGGCGCACGUUUCGUUCAUUCGAAUCCUUGA